CGUGCCAAAUACAACUAGCCAUCCAUUCCCUAGCCGAUAAAGCAGCGCAUGAUUUCACUUUGUCACUUGAUUACUGGUCGUGAAACUACGAUUCCGAAAUUUGUCGUGCUUUCAGUUCCUUCGUUCUGCCUCGACCCGAGAGAGACCCAGCAAACCGAACAGCCUUGUCUCAGUCGCAUGAUUCUGCAAUCUUCCCCCGGAUCAUGCAGAACCCACUCGUGAAUAGAAGGAGAAGGAAGCUAUGACGAGUCUGAGGAGCAUCCAAGGAGGCAAUGCCCAACGAUUGGUUGCAUCGCGACUCCCGUUUCAUUUUUCCAAGUUACAAGACCCGGAAUCGCUGAUCCGCCGUGUUCUCGAAUCCUCCAAGCGCGCGGGGGAUUUCAAGACUGCCACCAAAGCCCACGCAAGAAUCAUCACGUGCGGGUACUGGGCAAAACCACCUCUUUCAGCUUCUCUGGUCUCGGCUUACGUGCGCUGUCAUCAGAUCGGUCUCGCCGAGCGUGUCGUCCAUCAUGUCCUCAGCUGGUGUCGCAACUUGUUGACCCUCAAUAUCUUCCUCAGGGAUUUGUUGAGUGCCGGGCAGUGUGGUGUUGCGAGGAAGCUGUUUGAUAAAAUGCCUGAGCGGGACGUGGUGACUUGGAACUCCAUGAUUGGAGGCCUGACGCGGAACGGGCGGUUCCAUGAUGCUCUCGCGUCUUUCCGAGAUAUGCUGGCUUUGGAUGUCGAGCCUGAUGGUUUCACGUUCGCGUCUGUUUUCACCAGUUGCGCGCGCGUCGGGUUUCUAAGUCAUGCAUUAUGGGCACACGGGUUGAUGAUCGAGAAAAAGAUUGAACCGCACUUUAUAUUGAAUGCAGCCCUUAUUGACAUGUAUGCAAGAUGUGGCAAGAUCCAAGUUGCUCGAGAAAUUUUCGACAGCAUUCAACGUGGCGAUGUAUCGGUUUGGAAUUCAAUGAUAAAUGGGCUGGCAAUUCAUGGCCAUGCCCGUGAUGCUAUUACAGUUUUCUCCGAUAUGGAACGGGAAAAAGUCUCACCCGAUUCUAUAACUUUUGUUGGAAUAUUGACAGCUUGUAGCCGUUGUGGGUUGGUUGAGGAAGGGCGCAUGUAUUUUGAUUCAAUGAGGAGCCGUUACUCCAUUCAGCCUGAAAUACAGCAUUACGGUGCCAUGGUUGAUCUGCUGGCUCGAGCGGGAUCAGUGGAUGAGGCCUAUGCUAUGAUUAAGGAAAUGCCCACGAAGCCAGAUGCUGCAAUAUGGAGGACUCUCCUCAGUUCUUGCAGGGUCUUUAAAAGGUCACGAUUAGGUGAAGUUGCCAUUGCAAAUAUUCCGCGUCGCAAAAGUGGGGAUUAUGUCUUGCUCUCAAACACCUACUGCUCUUUAACUAGGUGGGAUAGUGCGGCAAAAACGAGAAAUUUGAUGACAAGGAAAGGAGUCGGUAAAAAUUGUGGAAAGAGUUGGAUUGAGCUUGCAGGUGAGAUUCACCAAUUCAGAUCGGGUGAUAGGUCGCACCGGGAAACAGAAGCGUUAUACGAAGCUUUGGAUGAACUUAUUAAGAGAACUAAAAUGGCGGGUUUUGUGCCUUCAAUGGAGUUGGUUCUGAUGGACGUUGCCGAUGAAGAGAAGGAAGAGAAUUUGAACUUUCACAGUGAAAAACUGGCGGUGGCAUAUGGGGUCUUGAAAUCUAGUCCUGGGAGCGAGAUCGUGGUGUUGAAGAACCUUAGGAUCUGCUAUGAUUGUCAUUGCUGGAUCAAACUGGUUUCAAGGAUAUUGAUCAGAACGAUAGUCGUGAGAGACCGACUCCGGUUCCACCAAUUUGAAGGUGGCUUGUGUUCGUGCGACGACUAUUGGUAGUCUACACAUGGUUGCUUCAUUUUAGCGCUUGGCGCUACUAACCAUAUCAGAUACCUUUAUGCAAAGGUAGCUGUCAGCCUGUUCUGCUAGAUUACCAUUUAUCAUUUAGAAGGGAAUGAACUAAUUACAGGCUAGUAUUACCCAUUCGAUCGUUUUUGACAUUCGAGAGAAGGGUUGGUUUAUAGAUAAAGAUUUCCAUCAGAAUCUGAGAUAAGGAGCUAAUGUACUUUUGUUCCGGAACUAGUCUUGAUGAUAGCGAGGAGAGAACCAUUUGGAGGUGAUUACCAAUUUCAGGCCAUGUUCA